GUGUAUGGACACAUAGGCUAACAUGGAGGGGCAGGAAAAAAAAACGCCUGAUGCCCCUAAAAGCAACAGUAAAAAUGUCCUGUGUGCAUGAGGCCUUACGCCACCCGGUCACAUCAAGCCUGACUUUGAAACUGUGCAACUUACAGUGAAGUUGUACGAUUUCAAAGUCAGGUGAGAUGCCGAUUUCAGGUGCGAUUUGCAAGACAUCUGACACAGAUGUCUAUGCAAAUCGCACCAAAAGUAGUGCAUGCACUACUUUAGAAAUCGGUGUGACUCCGUCUGAGUCAGAACAGCACCGAUAUCAUUGUUGUAAUUGCGGACAAUAAGGUGUGACUUGGAAUGCGA